GCCUGGGGGGGCUGUCACGGGGGGGUGUCCUGCGCUGUGGGGGCUCGGGGUGGGCUGCCCCUGACCCGCUGGGAGCAGGGGUGCGAUGAGCGCUCAGGAUGAGCAGUUCCAGGCAGCAGCCCCUGAGCCAGGGGCUCCCUCCGCCGAUGACGGCAUGACCUGGUGGUACAGGUGGCUCUGCAGGAUGGCCGGGGUCGCCGGGGGCCUGUCCUGUGCCUUCGCUGGUCUCUGGAACUGUGUCACCAUAAACCCCCUGAACAUCGCGGCUGGCGUGUGGAUGAUGCUCAACGCCUUCAUCCUGUUCCUGUGUGAAGCCCCCUUCUGCUGCCAGUUUAUCGAGUUUGCAAACGCCGUCUCUGCAAGGGCAGACAAGCUGCGACCCUGGCAGAAAGCUGCUUUCUACUGCGGGAUGGCUGUGUUCCCUGUCAUGCUCAGCCUGACGCUCACCACGCUCUUUGGAAAUGCCAUUGCGUUUGCCACUGGGGUGCUUUAUGGCCUGUCGGCGCUCGGCAAGAAGGGAGAUGCUAUUUCCUACGCUCGGAUCCACCAGCAGCAGAAGCAGAUGGAUGAAGAGAAGCUCACGGGGGCCCUAGAGGGACAGGGUCUCUGAAGCACUCGAGCUCAGGGUAAUCUCUCCUGGACACUGAGGUGGUGAAGCUGUGCAAAUCCACUGCCCUUCCCUCUGACCACUCCCCUCUCUGCUACACAACAAUUUUCCUGGACACUGCAGCGACUGGAAAUCUCAGGGGCUGGGGCAGGCUGUGCCCUCUUCUCACACCAGCAUCCAGACUUCAGUGUGUUGGCUCCUUUCUACUCCUCAGCCAGAUAUCUCACAGUCCCCUAUUCUUUAGGUUUUUGUGUUUUGUUGUUUGUCUUUUGGGGUGGUGGUGGUGGUGUUUCUUCUUUUCUGCAGAGGUGUUGGCUUUUGAGUGCUGUUGCCACAGCCUGAACAGGUAGCCUUUCUUUGAAGUGAUGCCUACAAGGAAGCGGAAGAUGCAGAGCUCCUUUUGGAACUGCUGUCUGCAUGGGGUGAGGAGGGACAGAGCUGACAUACCAACUCCUUGCCUGCACUGGUCUCGUGGGAGUCAGGAAGCUGCUGGCCUCACACUGGGGGUGACCUGCCAUUGCACAUUACAUGUUUAUAGUAACACUCCCUGGUGUGGCCCUUCACAGGUAUAACACAUGAACGCGGGGUUUGGCAAUGUACAGUGCUGCUUAAGCUUGGUCUUCUUCCAUUGAGUAUGGGCCAGUUAGGGCAGGCAUGGGGACGGACUUUCAGCAAAAAACCAUGCAAAGACCAGAACCAUCUCUGCAGAGGAGCUGCCAGAGUUGCUGGGGCAGAUCCUGGUACCUACAAAGCACAGUCCCUGCUUCCUCUGUGUAGAGCUGCAGGCACUUACUGCAAUUUACUUGAAUUACAACAAUUAAUUACUUUGUCUUAAUAAGGGUGCUUUUCUUAAGCUUCACUCUUUUCAUGUGGAAGAAGGUGAAUAAGGUUUGCUUUACCUCAGCUGGGAAAGGGUAUGAUUGCUUGAGCCAAGAGGGUUUUUUUGUCGGUGUUAAGGAGCAUCCUCUUGUAAACCUGGGACUCUGCUCCAUUCCCUCUCACUCUCUUCUUCUGCUCCUAUGACCCACCCUUUCCCAUAAGGGACCUGCUUUUUGCUUCUGUUUCGUAUUGUCUUUGGGCUCAUGUUCUUUCUGUAUCAGUCAUGUGCUGGUUUUGUAUGGGGAGGUAUCAUGCCCUUCCUUUGCAAACACAAAGUCUGCACCGUUUCAGUUUGGAUAGCUGGGAUGUCUUGCUUCUUUAUUGCAGGCUCCAUCAGUGCUUUUCACAUCCUGUUUUCUGUUUGCUUUGUAACAUGCAGAACAAAACUGCUCACAAAGCUCAGACCCCCCUCUUCUUGUUAGGUUUCUUCUGUGGAGGGUUUUUUUUUUUUCACAUGAUUGCUUUUUGUUGUCAUUAGGAAAAGGGGGAAUAAUUUUGUUCUGUUUAUUUAAGUAUUUUGCUGAGGGUCAUUUUCUUUGGACACGGGAAGAAGGAGUGCUCUGUUUCCUGUCCUUCAAAGGACUGUCUCAUCCUGCUGGGGGGAGUCUCUGAACCCUCUGAGCCCUGGCUGCUGUGGCUGAGAUGCUGUAACUGUAGAAUCCUAUUUCAGCCUUCAGAGCAUUUCUCAGAUUUCUGAAAAGUGUGUUGUCUUUUGACCCCUUUGUUUUCUUCUGGGCCACUGGCUCGACAAAGUUUGGUUUCCCCCUCUCCUGGAAGAGAGAAGGGAGGAACACUGAGCUGUAACUGCUGGGCUGGAGGCUGGUGCUCGCUUGGCAGCCAUGGCAGGUAGCAGCUAUGGUGAGCAGUGGCGGUGGGGACUGCAGCCUGUUCUUCAUCCUCUGCCCUGGGAGCAGAGCUCCCGCUGCCACCAACACUCUGUGGUCCCAUUUGAAUCCCUGGGGUACCAGCGGGCUUGUGCUGUGAUCAGGGAAAUGCUAUUGGAGGCUGACUGCUGUAUGUCAGAUGAGUCUGUCCACCAACCACUCUGCAGCUUCAGAGCAGCGUCAUGUUGAAAAGUAUCCAAAUUGCAUGUCCUUCCUCUGGAUAUGGUGUAUGUUCGCAUCAGGGGAACACCAGCACAUCCCUGGCAGGCCUGGAGAGGUGGCUGGGUAGGGAAGUAGCCUGUGCAUUGCAGCAGGAGCAAAGCGGUCCCUGGAGAUCGCAGGGCUAAGCUGCCAGCUAAUGAUAGGUCUUGUUUCCUCCUUGGAGUUCAGGGAGGUGUGAGGAUUUACACCAGUCAGGAGCGCGACUUGCGUUUAUUUACACACAGGGGUGCCUGCAGCUGGAUGCUGGAUAACCACUUUGUGCUAAGCCUCUUUCCCCCCGGCCUCUGAGCCAUGGUUGCUCUGGCACCAGCUCGUCUGGGAUGCAGAGUAGGCCUCGCCAGCGCAGGUGCAGCUUGUUUCAAUGAAAGCUGGGCCAUUUCAGAGCCCCAGGUUCUGGGCUGAUCCCUGCUGCUGCACGCAACACAUGAGCCACUGUCAGGGAACACAGCCUCCUGCCUGGGUCAUGCUGCCCGCAGCAAUGGGGUGCUGCAGGGGGAAUACAUGGCAACCCGUGGGGUACCUUAGUGGUAACAGCCUCUCUGCUCUUGGAGCCAGAGGUGUCCCUGUGCAGCACCUUUACUGGCUAGUUUGAGUGCUGAGUCCUGCCUAGCAAACAAGACAUCUGCUGUUAUUUCAGGGUGUUUUGGGGACUUAAGUAGUGCUUAGUAGAGGAAUGUUGCAUACUGAUGCACGUAGCUACGAGCAUGUCUUUGGUAGUAACUGCUUUGUGAGUAGUUCCACGGUAGCUUUAGUGACAGGAGGUUAAAAGCAAAGCAGAGGUGAUAGAGAAACAUUUGCAGCCUGGUCUCCAUCUGCGGUGAUGAACAACAGAGCUUGUAGGACCCUCGCUGGCUUCAUCUGAUUGUCCUCAUGCCGCAGACCAGUAGCAGUCCCUGUUGCAGGCAGGUGCUGCUCUGGGUCACUUGGAGGGCUUGUGAGAGGAGUUGUUGUGACAGUUAGUGGAUGGUCUGACCUCCGUGUGGACGUUUUUUGUGGAGAUAGAAAGGACCUUUAGAGUAGUAGCAUCACAGUAGUUAUAUGCCUAUUCACAUUGCAUGGUGGUUAUUAAUUUUGUUUAGAGGCACCAUGGGGGUGCUUGGAGCUGUGUAAGGAUAAAUGAAGUUAAAAGCCUGCUCUAGAGAGAGAUUUUACAGGCUCAACCCAAUCCCUGUGGAUGGCAUCCAGGCUAAUGGACGGCUAGUCCACAGGGUCUCUAUGGAAGACGUUCUGCUUGCCAGGUCUUGGAAAGGUCUCUGGGGUAUGAUGGGGCAGAAGCUUUGUUACUUGAGAACUCAAGAGCGGGUGAUGCAUUGACUGUAGUGAGUUGUUGAUACCAAGUGUGGAAAGACACUGGCAGCACGUGUGCACUUGGCAAUGGACUGUUACACCGUUCAGCAUGAGCUGUGCACUUCUUACCCAGGUGCAUUUAUACAGCUGCAACUCUUCCAUGUCCCAUUCAGUCAUGAAGUUGACAGCACUUGUGCAUGCUAACUCCACUAUUUCCUGGGGCUGUCUGUUGAGCCUGAAGAGUAGAAGCUCACCUGCUGUGUGCCCGGACUUCACUGCUCUGGGCAGGAGCUGAUUUUGUAACACCAAUUGAUUCUCUAUGUGUGCAGUGAAUAAAAAGACUAUUCUACCUCUGCAAA